CUUUCUCUCCAUUAUCUUCCCCUUCCCACCACUCACCAUUAUAUCUCUUGUCUCUCCCUCUCUGUCCUUCUCUGUAUAUGCUCCCCAGAGAUCAACUUUUUUCCGUCUCUCCUUUCAAUUACUAACCCUUCCUUAGAUCCUUCUCUUCUUCGAUCAGUGUUUGGGCUUUGCAAGUCUUAAAUGGGAACCCUAACGAGAGGAGUUUGGACGGCGUUGAUGCUGGUCGUGGUUGUCUUCAGUGCAAGGAAUGGAAUGGUGGAUGCUUCUCAUGCGGUGUAUCCUCACCUCCAGUCCCUGCAAGUUCCCGCUGUUGACUCUUUGUUGAAGACAGGCUAUCACUUCCAGCCUCCCAGAAACUGGAUGAACGAUCCAAAUGGACCCAUGUAUUAUAAGGGAAUAUACCACCUUUUCUAUCAAUACAAUCCCAAGGGCGCGGUGUGGGGCAACAUCGUGUGGGCGCACUCGAUCUCCAUCGAUAUGAUGAACUGGAUCCCGCUCGAGCCCGCCAUUUACCCCUCCAAGUCCUUCGACAUCAACGGGACCUGGUCCGGCUCGGCCACCAUUCUCCCGGGCAGCAAGCCGGUCAUCCUCUACACGGGCAUCGACGGCGCCGGACGCCAGGUCCAAAACGUUGCGUUCCCCAAGGACUUAUCCGACCCGUACCUCCGCGAAUGGACCAAGCCCGACUACAACCCCAUCAUCUUCCCCUGCGGUGUGAACGCCAGCGCCUUCCGCGACCCCACGACGGCCUGGCUCGGGCCCGACGGCAUUUGGAGGGUCACCGUCGGAAGCAAGCGUGAGAAACGGGGAAUGGCGUACUUGUUUAGAAGCAAGGACUUCGUGCGGUGGACCAAGGCCAAGCACCCGUUGCACUCGUCCAAGGACACCGGGAUGUGGGAGUGCCCGGACUUCUUCCCCGUGUCGCCGGAGGGAAGGCUGGGGUUGGACACGUCCGCACGUGGGAAGGGGUUGAAGCAUGUGCUCAAGGUCAGCUUGGAUUUGACCAGGUUCGAGUAUUAUACGGUGGGAAAGUAUGACUAUGCUAAGGAUACUUAUGUGCCGGAUAAUACGUCGCCGGAUAAUAGCACCGGGUUGAGGUUUGAUUACGGAAAUUUUUAUGCCUCCAAGACGUUCUUCGAUCCAGUGAAACACCGGAGGAUUUUGUGGGGGUGGUCGAACGAAUCGGAUAGAGCUCAGAAUGAAACUAUUAAAGGUUGGGCCGGGAUUCAGACGAUUCCGAGGGUUCUUUGGCUUGAUAGCAACCAACGGCAAGUUGUGGAAUGGCCAAUCGAGGAGCUUGAGAGUCUUAGAACGAAGCAAGCUUAUAUCCACGACAAGCUAGUCAAAAGUGCAAAUUAUUUUGAAGUAGAAGGAAUACAAACUUCACAGGCAGACGUAGAGGUAACAUUUGACGUGUCAAGCUUGGAAAGAGCCGAGAACUUCGAUCCUGCUUGGACUGAUCCACAAAAGCUUUGCGGCCUAAAAGACGCAGAAGUCAAAGGCGGAGUUGGGCCCUUCGGGCUCCUGGUUUUGGCUUCUGCAAAGAUGGAGGAGAAAACUGCGGUGUUUUUUAGGGUGUUCAAAGCUCAGAAUAAGCAUGUGGUCCUUAUGUGCCAAGAUCCCAAAAGGUCUUCUUUAGUGCCACGUGUAUAUGAACCAACAUUCGCUGGCUUCGUCGACGUUGACAUAGCGAAAACCAAGAGAAUCUCUCUAAGGAGUUUGAUUGAUAAUUCUGUGGUCGAGAGCUUUGGUGCUGGAGGCAAGACAUGCAUUACAUCGAGAGUUUAUCCUACGUUGGCAAUAGGACCCAAUGCUCAUCUCUUUGUUUUCAACAAUGGGUUGGAGGAUAUAAAAGUUUCGGAGUUGAAAGCAUGGGAGAUCAGGACGCCUCUUAUGAAUGGAGACUAGUAGGAUCUUUUGUGCGAAUGCAUAAUCUGUUGUCUAAUAAAUCUCGCAAAUCUUUCCACUAAUGAAACCUGAGUAGAGCUAGAAAAUGACACAGAAUCAUGUUUCUAAAUGGAUAUCGAAUAAAGCAUUAAUUUUUCUUGAGUGUUCUCCGGAAA